AUGAGUGACUCAUCUAAUUGGACCAAUGGCAUAGAAGGGGAGAGAGGCCAAGGAGAUAUGAAGGACGCUGACAGGGAUGUACCAAUUGGAGACCCUUCAUAUGAAUGCAGAAUGGAAGGGCUGCAGACGUCUGGAGGUUACAGUGAGGAUACUAAUCUGGGGGAAGCGCCUAGUUUAUUUAUGCAAGCCAGUCAACAGGGAUCUGCGAGAGAAUCCACCCACUCGAAUGUUAGCCUGGGAAAGGAGAGACUCCUCUGUGAACAAGCAAACCCAAACAGUGACAUUCGCCUGGAGGGGCGCGACUCGUUCGUCAACACUUUGGCGAGCGCGGCGUUUAGCGGGAUGGAAGACCCCCCCCAAAGUGUUGAGCGAGGGGGUGACCAAGCAAAUGGUUUAUCAAAUGGUUUAUCAAAUGGUCCAUCAAAGGGUCCAUCAAAUGGUCCAUCAAAUGGUCCACCAAAUGGUCCACCAAAUGACCAACCAAGUGACUGCCAAAAUGGACUUAUGAUUGACCGCCCUGGCGAGGCGGCACCCCCAGAGGAAGGCCAGCAAACCGCCGAACUGAACAGAAGUAAUUUUCACGACGGGCAAAAGGAAGAACUGGGGGGCCAAACGAGCAGCCACCCCUCGAUCGAAGAGGAAAAAGCGGACGAACAUGCGGACGAACAUGCCAAAUGGAGCCUCCAAGAAGAGCACAGCAAAAUAAAGAAGGGAACUACUCAACUGGAACUGAGCCAAAAUGACCCUUCAGAAAGAAGCCACUCGAGCGAUGUGAAUGAUUAUACAAUUUUAGGACAACGGGAAAGGGAAGCAGCAGUAGAGGUGGACUGUGCGUGGAAUGUACCUGUCGAAGGCGAAACGUUCCUAGGGGAGAGCCCACAUGGUGAUUACUGCGAGGGUGAUAAAACAAAUUUACCGCCCCUUCAGGAGGAACCAAACGAGUUAAUCAGUUCAGGUAAGCAGUAUGAACAUGUUCAGGUAAAUACAUGCAGCAGUGACUCCAAGGAAACACACGGAGAAGGCGAGGAAGUGAGAUCCCUUUGUAAAGAAAACUCCAAUGAUGGGUUCGCAAACAAACUGACAAGUGUAUCACCAGAGGAGGAAAACAAAAAAAAGGAAAACUUCAACAUAGAGGAGAAGCAAAAUGAAAAAUGUAAAAAUGAUGACGAAGGGCUGGAGAAGGGGAAUGGGCCAAGAGUUAGCGCCACCCCUGAUGGGGCAAUCAAUUCUGCCGGCCUAGGCACUGACGCCAGUAGUAGUGAUGACAGCAUGGGGAGCAGCGAAAGAGCUGCGAACCAAAUCGAAAUGGAUGGUCAAACAGGGGUGCUUCAUGAAAGAACUCAAAAUGAAGGCCAAAAAAAAAGAGACAUUACGGAGGUGGGAGAUGAUUCCCAUUUAAGUAACGCCAAAAAAAAAAUUAAUUUUUCUAGCCCCGAUAAUAAUACCCUAACGUGUGACCCCCAGGGGGGUGGAAACGACGAUGCUGUAGAAUUGGGGGGAAGCAAAAUGAGCAUAGCUCCGCGCGGUGCACUAGGGGUUGAUGCGGCGCAGGCCGAUGUGGAAGAGCUCUACACACCAAAUGUAAACGCAUGUGCGUCCACGCUAACUAGCGAAUUGGUAGCUGCGCAGGGAGUGGAGGACAUACCCCGUGAGGAAGCCACUGCAGGAAGGGAAACGCCAAACGAGGCCUUACAGCCAUGCGGCAUUGCACAGCCAAGUGGUAUUGCACAGCCGUGCGGUGUCGAGAACCCAUGCGGCGUUGCGCACCCGCGCAGCAUUGCUCCUCCAAACGGAGCGGUGCAUGCAAACACCCCGCCAAACGCGGGUACUACUUUUAACGCACCAGAAAAUGCAUGCGAGAAAAUGCAGGACCUAGAAAGACUAGAAAACCCUGACACAGUGCCUACCCUGGUGAACCCCCAAAUGGAUCCUAUUCCUCCGGAAGUGCAUGCAGGAAGUGAAAUCGCGCCAUCGAAUGAGGUCGCCCAGGCGGAUGCACCCCCGACAAAAUUGCCAUGCACACCCUUUUACGUGCGUGACGCGGAAAUGGAAUUGCCCCGGGGGGAAACAAACGGAAAAGAUGGAGAAGAUGAAACGAACGUGGGUGGAAGUGCAAGUGGAAAAAAUUUAAGCGGCCACACAAUUGCAAACAAUCUCGAAAAAGAAAAUAGCGCGCAGCGGCAAGUAGGUGUAGAGGGUGAGCUAGCCAUAGAAGGGGAAAUAGCCAUAGGAGGCGAAAUAACUGCAAAAGGCGAAAUAACUGCAAAAGGCGAAAUAGCUGCAAAGGGCGAAAUAGCUGCAAAGGGCGAAAUAGCUGCAAAGGGCGAAAUAACUGCGGAAACCUUGAAAAACGAAAAGAACCCCAACUGGGGAAAAAACCAGAAGAGCGAAAAAAUCGCGUCCAGUGAGAAAAGCGUUAAAGGCCAAAAAGGCACACCAAGGGUGCAAGCCGCGCAAUCCACGCAAACCGCGCUAACCGCGCACGCGCCAAGCGCCGCCGUCGGUUCGCCCCCAGUUAGGAGCGGCAUGAGCUUCGACGAGGUGCCCCCGAAAAAUCCGAGCCAAAGUCCGAACCCUAAGCAGAUUCAGAGGCAAAACUCGAAGCAGUUGCAGAGGCAGAACUCGAAGCAACUCCUGAAGCAAAACUCGAAGCAGUUCCCGUCUCAGCUCUCAUCGCAGCUCCCAUCGCAGCUCCCAUCGCAACUCCCGCCGCAGCACGCAGAGAGGUACCCGUCUGACCACCAACAGUUCGCCAUGGACCAAGGGACGAACAGCUUUUCGCCAAACCACCGUAGCAGUGUUGAACAUGUAGGGGGGAACAACUUGCAGAAGGAUUCCCCUCUGGAGAAUCUAAAAAACGGUGCUACCAUAAACGACCACGUGGAUAUGCGCACAUUAGGUUUGGAGCCCCAAGGAGAGGAGCUGAAGGGACACCUGUCCUAUGGCACAAAUGGAAUCAUCGGUGGUGACCUGCCUCGCGGGAAUCACGUGACGAGUCUCAAAGCGGCGGGUGUGGCCGGUCCCCACCACAGUGGGAAUAGCCCAAACAGUGCAAACGGCGGAACUAGUCGACGUAGUGGGAGCGGUGGAAGUGGUGGAAGUGGCGGAAGCGGUGGAAGCGGUGGAAGCGGUGGAAGCGGUGGAAGCUGCGUAAGCGCGGCCAACUUCAUCAACGGAGAGCAGCUGGAGAGUUACCUGAGCGAGCAAAUGAGGGGCGGCAAUCCAGUGCACAGGGAACUUCCAAUGGAUAGCAUCCCAAAACAAAUAAUUAAAAAAAAGGUAAGUGAAGACACCACCAUUCAGGAAAACGAGAACGACCACUUGGAAUAUAAAAACAGCGAAAUGGUGAUGAGGAAAAUCAGCCAAGACACGAUCGUUAACGAUGUGAUGGAUGAUAGCAACAUGCCCUUGGAAAGGAACAAGGAAAUGCUUUUUAAGAAAAUGACCCAAGAGACAUCCAUCAGCAGCAUCCAUAAGCCGAGCGUUGGCCACGUGAAUAAUGAUCGCUUGGUGAAAAACAUAAGUCUGGACACCACCAUCAGCUGCAUGCACAGCGAGAAUGUCGGCGGGGUGGGCAAGGACCUCAUCCUCCACAAGCUGAGUGAGCACGAGGCCGCGGGGGAGUUGCUCGGCGGAGUUAGCGGCAUGAAUAGGGUUGACUUGGUGAGCGGCAUGGACGACGUGGACGGCAUGCACCACGCGGAUGGCAGAAAUGGGGUGCAUCACUCAGACGGCAGAAGCGGAAUGCACCACUCAGACGGAAGAAGCGGAAUGCACCACGCAGACGGAAGAGCCGCCUUACACCAUGUGGACGACUCGAACGAAGAGAGCACGCGCGACGACCUGUACCACCACCACCCACAGCAGCAGCAAACGCAACAGCAAACGCAGCAGCAGCGAGCCCUGCACAGCCCGCAGAGCCAGAUGAACGACCGCAACUUCAAAGAGGAAAUGAACCUGCAAAGCUUGAUGGGCUUCCAAGACCACCAAAGUCUAAUCAACUGCGCACAGAACGACAGCCUGGGGAACCACUGCGAGAUAAGGGCCGCCUACAACAACGGGAUGAACAGCCACCCUAUGCACGUCAACGGGAAAGAAGCAGAGAUGUCCAGCAACGUAGAUUUCACAGACGAUAAAUACAGCCAGUGGUUCGACACGAUCUACACGGUGUGUGUAAAAUUGGAUGACCUUUGUUGCAAGUUAAAUUCUGAUUACCCUCACUCUAUGCACAUAUGGGAGAGCAACGGCAACCCGAGUGUGUACGAUUUGAAGAGUGCAUUUCAGAACAGCAGCAGUUUAAAAAUCUUUUCGCACAGCAGGCAAAUGGAUAAAGUGGCCGGGGGGGUCCCCACUGGGAUCACUGCGGGUGUCUCCACUGGCAUCGCGGCGACCGUCCCUCCGAGCCUCUAUAACGACCUGAACAGCAGUGACAGCAGCGCUAAUAGCAACUACAGGUAUGCAGUCACCCACGUGGGCAGCCACAACGAAGGGGCGGUGAAAAAGCACGACCCCUUUGCGCAAGAAAACUUCGAAAAUGGUCUUUCCGCACAUGUAAAAAAUAAUUGCAAAGAAGUUGGGCGCAUGUACGGAAUGAACAGCGUAAAUGGCGUGAAUAGCAACGCCCAGUAUGUUAAAGAUCUGGCCAGCGUCUACUCAUCAGCUUGUGAUGACCAUUUGAAGAGGAUCCAAACGAAGAAUGAACAUGCAAAGGCUGGCAGGAAAACACCACAUGAGUAUGCUCUCCAUAGGGAAAUGUAUAACCAUGGGAAUAGUAACAAUGCCCUGCAGGAUGGUAGUGCCCUCCUCUAUGAGAGAGAAAAAAACGGCUUGAAAACCGACAUUGCAGCUUUACCCAGUGGUGCACUUUCGAAAGACGCCCUCGAAUUGCUGCACGCGUAUGGAAGAGCAGACCCGCGAGUGAAUGACAGAUUCAAGGCCGAACUGUAUAACGCGCCUCCCCAGUAUGGCACACACGGAGAUGGUACAGACGGGGUAAACCACAGCAAUAAUUGUGGCCACCGAGGAGCAGCCCCCUUCAGUAGCGGCAUCCCCACAGUUCUAAGCAACCACAGUGUAGACACCCACCCCAGAAAUGGAGACGCCCUGUCCAUGGCCAAAAAUACAAACGCAAGGGGAUUGAUGCAGUACGUGAAGAAUGAAAAGGACGGAUAUAACGAUCCAUUCAGCGACCCAUUUAAUGACCCAUUUAACGACCCACUUAACGACCCAUUUAACGACCCAUUCAAGAACGCAAACGGGGCGACAGAAAACCCCACCAAGAGAAAAAAAGGAGGCAAAAAAAACACAACCAAUAGCGGCAAAAGUGUAGAAAAAAAAAGCAUAAAAAAAUACGGAACGGUCAAUAGAACCAAUACCAAAAUUAUAAAAAAUGAAAGCGAAUUUGAGUACCUCUUGGAGUUAUCCGAUAAAGAAGGGCCCAAUUUAGAAAACCCAGACGAUCUAAAAUGUGACGUCGCGGGGGUCUACUGGGAUAAGAGGAGCUGGAUUGCCUCCUGGUAUGACAAUGGAAAGCGCUACUAUAAGUCAUUCUCUGCAAAAACGCAUGGUUUUUAUAAGUCUAAAUUUUGGGCUAUCAAAGUUAGACUCUCCAAAGUUAAAGGCCAAACCAUAUUUGGGAAGAACUGCCGCAAGAAUAAGGACGCCGAGGGCAGCAACAGUGUUCAUAACAACCUCACCUUUAACAGCUCGAUUGUCAGUGAGAAUAAUAACGUGCCUAUUGGGAACGUCUAAACGUCUAGCUAGCCAUGGUGCGAUUACCUCAGGGGGAGGAAGCGGUUAUUCAUUCAUUUUGCCCUGCAUAGUUGGUACAUGUGGCGUGUGGCGUAUGGAAGUAUGAACACUGCUAUGUAGGCUACCUUGCGCAAUCGACCUAGUGAAAAAAAAAAGGGAAUACUCUUGGAGGGGGAAAAGCACCACGCGGGGGUUGUACCAUCCCCGGGUUGGAAGUCCCCGCGGGCCCACGCCGAACGGUUCUCCUUCAUUUCACUCAACAUGCAAGUGCUUUCUUUUUUUUCUGAACAAGAGAAUGGCUCGCUCUGCUCUGGCUCUCCCCUCGUCCGCACUCAACCCGGCAAAGAGGAGCCAUUCCGGCAUGCAAAGGCGCGCCCACAUACACACACAUAUACAUUUAUAUAUUUUUUUUUUCACCCAGUUGCUCCUUUUUUGCGUACGCGAGAGUUCCCUUGUUCGCCGCAAUCCACCCAAUUGCGUUGUUUCGUGUGGGCGUAUGCAAUUACAUUUUUACACACCUGCAUAAUGAUGCGUCUGUGCACCGAUACUCUUUUGCAUAGCUACUCGCCUAAUCACCUGCUCCCGCGCUCAUGUUGUUCUCGGGCACGCCUCCGCGGCCCCGUGCCCUUCUUGUUGUUCUGUGUUGUCGUGGGGGCGGCAGAGCGGCCCCCCUUGUUCCUGCCACCCGGCAGUCAUUUCGCCACAUCACAGUGAUGCCACGUCACCAUGUUGACACGACACCAUGUUACCACCUACCACCUCACCACAUCAGUGUUACCAUUUUUUUAAGGUAAAAACUUAAAACUUGCAAUCAAAGGAGCCUCGUAAAGACUAAGUUGCGCAGAUUUUAACGUCCCGUUGUGGCCACCCAUCGGGGAAACGGAGAAGAGGCGCAAAAGGGGAGCGUCAGGAACAACGGAUAUAAGGCGGUUCAUCCGAGGAGAAUACAUACGUAUGUGUGUUCACCUCUGCACAGUGCAACGCGGCAUGUUUACAAACUUGGG